AUGGCUUCCGAAGCAGAAGCGGGCGCUGCAGCUGUUGUUGAGGGAGAAUCCGCUGAAAGAGAUGCAUCAUUAGGAGACCUAACAGCAAGCAUGGAGUCUGAGUCCUCCACGGGAAAAGAGCCUGGGGUAGGUGAAGGAACUGAAGGUGCAGAUGUGCACGCAGGCUCAGGAGAUGAGGAGAACGGACGACAGCUGGGUGAAGUAGAGCUACAGUGUGCGCUAUGCAUGAAGUGGUUCACAGCUGACACGUUCAGCAUCGAUACAGCAACCUGCCUUCCAUUCAUGACCAAUUACGUGUUCCAUUGCAACGUAUGUCAUCACAGCGGAAAUACGUACUUCUUGAGAAAGCAAGCGAACCUGAAGGAGAUGUGCCUCACAGCCUUGGCUAAUCUGACAUGGAGGUCACGAACUCGAGAGGAGCAUCCAAAGACCAUGUUUUCUAAAGAUAAGGAUAUUAUUCCCUUCAUUGAUAAGUACUGGGAGUGUAUGACAACUCGUCAGAGACCAGGAAAGCUGACAUGGCCCAAUAAUAUAGUAAAGACCAUGAGUAAAGAGCGUGAUGUGUUCCUUGUGAAGGAGCAUCCUGACCCUGGCAGUAAAGAUCCUGAGGAAGACUAUCCAAAGUUUGGUCUGCUUGAUCAGGACUUGGCAAAUAUCGGACCAUCAUAUGACAGCCAAAAGCAAACUACCGCUGUUACAACAGGUGGCAGUCUAAAUGGUGGAUCGUCAUUUUCAGGUGGCCUUCCUCCACCUGGCACGGGCAAAGGCCGAGGCGCCAAACGCAAGCAGCAACAGCAGCAGGAUGGAACCACUGCAGGAACAGCUAAGAGGACACGCAGUGACCCUCUGUUUGCAGCACAGCGCCUGCCUCCUCACGGCUAUCCUCUUGAACACCCUUUUAACAAAGACGGCUAUCGCUACAUCCUGGCCGAGCCAGACCCCCACGCACCCGACCCGGAGAAGCUAGAGCUGGACUGCUGGGCGGGAAAGCCCAUUCCUGGAGACCUGUACCGAGCGUGUCUCUAUGAGCGAGUGCUGCUCGCUCUGCACGAUCGAGCUCCCCAGCUGAAGAUUUCUGACGAUCGCCUGACUGUGACUGGAGAAAAAGGCUACUCGAUGGUGCGAGCGUCUCAUGGGGUACGAAAAGGGGCCUGGUACUUUGAAGUGACCAUAGACGAGAUGCCCACUGACACUGCUGCCCGCCUCGGCUGGUCCCAACCUUUAGGUAAUCUUCAGGCUCCGCUCGGCUACGAUAAAUUCAGCUAUUCGUGGCGCAGUAAAAAGGGCACGCGCUUCCAUCAGUCCAUCGGGAAACAUUAUUCCGAUAGUUACGGACAGGGAGACGUCCUGGGCUUCUACAUCGAGCUACCAGACGAUACAGAGACUGCAAGGGCCCUGCCAGACACGUACAAGGAUAAAGCACUGAUUAAAUUUAAAAGCUACCUCUAUUUUGAGGAGAAGGAUUAUGUGGACAAGGCAGAGAAGAGCUUAAAGACAAUGAGUAAAAGUCGAAUGAUUUUUUAUAAGAAUGGCACGAAUCAAGGCGUGGCUUUUGAGAACCUAUUCGAGGGCAUGUAUUUCCCUGCCAUAUCGCUCUACAAAAAUUGUCAGGUAUCAGUUAAUUUUGGCCCACAUUUCAAACACUCGCCAAAGGACGUCAAGUUUCAGCCAAUGAGUGAUAUGGGCUGGGGUGCAGUGAUCGAACAUUCUCUAGCAGACAUCCUUUACCACGUGGAGACGGAGGUUGACGGCAGGCGCAGCCCUCCGUGGGAAGGUUAAACGCUGCUUUCUUCAGCUACACACAUUAAAGGAAGGGCUUUUUUUUAAACGGGAUGUCUAUCUACCGGAUCUGUAGCACGUGGCUGAUUUAACACAGACAGUUCUGAUACGUUUCCUGGUACUAAGAAAAGAAUGGAAAACUCAUUUAUCCUUAAAUGGACAGAUUUGCAGGUUCUCAGUAACAUUUGUGGGUUUUUUUUUUCUUUCUAUCCUUUUCUCCCCCCCCCUUUCUUUUUGUCAUUGACUUCACCAGAAAGACUGUCGAACAAAGGACUGUUUAUAGUUGCUGUAAUGUUUUGCGAAUGUUGCUUAAAAUUUAAAUGUAGCUACAAAUAGUCUUUUAAGUUAAAAGUAUAAUGCUGUUCAUUUAUAAAUAAAAAAAUGUUAGUCCUCCGAUUCCUGUUUGUAUAAAAGGACUGGGGAAAACAUAGUUCAAGAUGUGCUGUUGUUAGAAAAUAAUCAAGUGAUUGCAAUUUCCGGUUACUUGCGGGUUUUGCAGAUAGUCCCGUCUAUAGAGGAUGACCAAUUCUAUAUAACGUUAAAGAAAGAAGUGGGUGGUUCUCCACUAUAGUUGCAAAUUGGGAUAUGGACCUUGAGCAAACUGAUAAGUUCAUAAGGCAGAAUUCUGGUAGCCAAUUUUGGAGUUUUAUCAAAGUAUCUUCUUAUUGCUCGAUAUGGCAAAGGUCAAGGUUGCCCUUGUCUGUCAGUACACAAACAGGUCUCUGAAAUGCCUAAUAAAUUCAUAAUCUCUGACCAAAAUCAAAAUGUAAUUGACCCCAAUUACAAAUCUGGGCCACCUUAUAAAUAAUUCUAUUUGAAAAUGUAUAUUUAUCACAAUAGAACAAUAAAUGUAUGUAUUAAAAGGGUGCAGCGUUUGUGUACUGACAGCAUGUUUGUGUACUGACAUGUUCAAAAAUAAGACAACGAAGUUGAUUAUUUGAGCAGAACAGUCUCAUCUCAUUAUCUGUAGCCGCUUUAUCCUUCUACAGGGUCGCAGGCAAGCUGGAGCCUAUCCCAGCUGACUACGGGCGAAAGGCGGGGUACACCCUGGACAAGUCGCCAGGUCAUCACAGGGCUGACACAUAGACACAGACAACCAUUCACAUUCACACCUACGGUCAAUUUAGAGUCACCAGUUAACCUAACCUGCAUGUCUUUGGACUGUGGGGGAAACCGGAGCACCCGGAGGAAACCCACGCGGACACGGAGAGAACAUGCAAACUCCGCACAGAAAGGCCCUCGCCUGCCCCGGGGCUCGAACCCAGGACCUUCUUGCUGUGAGGCGACAGCGCUAACCACUACACCACCGUGCCGCCCGAGCAGAACAGUAAUAGAUUUAAUUUUUGAACCUCAAAAAUGGCAACAACAUUAACCAUGUGUUAAAAUUAGGAACAAAACAUAUAAGAACCUAAGGCAACAUUUCAUGACACCAAUUAUAAAGUAGCCUAAUUAACAUUUCCUCACUUUUCUAAAUUUGCCCAUGCUUUUGACAUUUUAGUCAAUCCAAACAAUGUCCAAAUUCAUGACUACACCAGGCGCUGGAUAAAUGUCCCAAUCACUACACCAAAUCUGGGUGAUUUUUUUUUUUUUUUUUUUUUUACUAGUUGGGUCCAUGUAGAUGUAGGAAUCAUCAUGUGCCUAGAGUUCUUGGAAUUUCUGGUGACGGGGACACUCUCAGAAAUUGACCUCAAAAAUGGCAACAACAUUAACCAUGUGUUAACAAAAUUAGGAACAAAACAUAUAAGAACCUAAGGCAACAUUUCAUGACACCAGUUAUAAAGUAGCCUAAUUAACAUUUCCUCACUUUUCUAAAUUUGCCCGUGCUUUUGACAUUUUAGUCAAUCCAAACAAUGUCCAAAUUCAUGACUACACCAGGCGCUGGAUAAAUGUCCCAAUCACUACACCAAAUCUGGGUGAUUUUUUUUUUUUUAAACUAGUUGGGUCCAUGUAGAUGUAGGAAUCAUCAUGUGCCUAGAGUUCUUGGAAUUUCUGGUGACGGGGACACUCUCAGAAAUUGACUAGGCCUAAUCAGAAAACCUUUAAAGAUAUCCUGGUAGGAUACAUGUACUAGGUAUAGGCCUAUAUACUAGUAGGUUAACAAAAGGGAUCGAGAGACAUCAAACUGUCAUCCUAUCAAAUCGGUCAGUACACAAACAGACCCCGGUGUUAGUGUAUGGACUGUUAGUGUAUGGACAAAUAGUUCAUCAUCUGGUCACCAGGGUGCAGAUGUGUAUAUGAUGCCUGUGCAUUGUAGUCUAGUUGAAAGGUCUUCUAACUCACAUUCAUGGCACAAACAUGUUUUCAUGACAAAGCUGGGCCUGCAUCAUUCUAGAAGUGUUAGUGUAUUGACUGCUAUUAUAAAUUCUGUUAAAAAUUGCCAUACAAACCUGAACAAUGCUGGAAAACUACCACAAUAUGAAAUUCAGUGUUUCCCUCCCUUGAACUUGUGGGAUUCCCACAAUGCACUGCAGUCAUCUCAUUAGAAUAGUUCUGUCCGUUUUCCCCAGGGGUCUCUAGUUAGUACUGUUAGUGUACUGACUUAAUUACUUGGGACACCAAAAAUCAAUUUCUUGGCGGGAAAAUUUCUGACUAGUAUUGGAAAUAUUUUCAAAAUGUGCUUUUCUUCAUGCUGCAUGGACAAUAUUGAUCGUAUUUAAAUGGGUGACACAAAAUAACACCAAUAAAUAUUUUUCAGCAAGGGUUUAUUUUCCUUCUGGGAUGCAUGAGACACGCAUUUUGGACCCCCUUGGGUACUUCCAGUGAAAAAUUCUACCAACACUAUUAUAUUUGAGUGGAUAAAAUUUAAUAUCAAUUAAUUUUUAUAAUCAAUAUGAACACAGACACCCUGAUUUUAUUUAAAGGCCUGGUCUCAGAAUACUUGUUAAGUGAGGUGACACCAAUUUGCAACUAUAGUGGAGAACCACCCAUGUAGCGUUAUGCAUAAAUAUUUGCUUACUGUUCCCUCCAACAAUUGUGCUAAGUGAGUUGUAAUUUUUUUCUUAGUACAAUGAAACGGUUCAGUUCUUGUCCAUGUAUGUUAUGCACGUGCAUAACUGAUGCGUUAUGUAGAAAUUUGGUUGGAAAACGCUAGAACAUUCCUUUAAUGCGAAACCCAACACCUUACUCGUGGAGCUAAUACACUUCUAAACAUCAAAUCACAACUUUACAUGGAGUCUCUUCCAUUUUCAGUCGUAAGUGAAUCUCGUGGUUGUGCCAAGUACGCAAGUUAAAGAGAACUGUAAGGCUCGGAAAGUUCUAAUGAGUGAGACGCGAGGUCGGUUAUUUCACUGUUAAACCGCGAUACUGAAUCUAUAUUGUUGACACAAAAGCCUAUGCGAGUUAGAAUACUGCUUGUGUGUAUCAUCAAACAUGGAGAAAUUGUAUUACAUCAACAAUGAGAGUUGUAGUAAAUUACAAAACGUUUUGUGUGCCAUUUGCGUUUUUUUUUUUUUUUACACUUGUCCGGUGGAUAUAGUUGGCUUUAUACUCGUCAAACACCAACAAAUCCUCUGCUGAAUAUCUGACACCAGAAAGAACAGGCCAUAGAUUUAGUCAGAUGUCUUUUUUUUUUUAAGCCUUGCUUUCUUGUUUAUUUUAAUUCUUCCUUAAUAAAUUCAACAGUUGUUCACCUAGGUGUAAAGUAUGACUAUUUUAUUUCUGUAUCUCUAAGCCUUGUUUUAUACUGAAGCUUGUUUUAAUAAAGAUAAAUAUUCUAAAAUUUCA